GCAAAAUCUAUGAAUCCAAGAAAGGAAUUCUUACUCAUUAUACUGUGGGAAAAUUUAACAUGUGAAUACAGCACAUGUCGGCUCAUUGAGCUUUUUUCUUUGCAGUCUUUUCUUGUGGCAGGGCUCAUUGAGCUUUUUUCUUUGCAGUCUUUUCUUGUGGCAGGGCUCAUUGUGCUUUUCUCUUUGCAGUCUUUUCUUGUGGCAGGGCAGGAGGCGCAAGUGCAAGGCAGGAAUUUGUUCAGCGGACAUGGAUUAAAACAAACAUGGAGUCUCUAUCCCUUCAUCAUCUACACUUCUGUGCGUUUUCCAUUGCUGGAGUUCUUCUUCCAGGGCACUGAAGCUGUGGCUUCUUCUAUGAAUGCUGCUCACUCAACUGACCUUCUGGACAGGAUAAAUAUGUGUAAAACUGACCCCAAAAGCUCUGUAGCAUCCAAUUGCGUGUGUAGUACAUUGAUCAACAGGGGAAAUUUCCCACCGGGAUUCAUUUUCGGAGCUGCUUCAUCAGCUUAUCAGUUUGAAGGUGCAUUUGAUGAGAAUGGCAAAGGUGCCAGCAUGUGGGAUAACUUCACCCACGAACAUCCCGAUAAGAUAUUGGACCACUCCAACGGAGAUGUAGCUGUUGAUUCAUAUCAUCGCUACAAGGAAGAUGUGAAGAUAGCAAGAGAUUUGGGUCUAAAUGCAUAUAGAAUUUCAAUAUCGUGGCCAAGGAUAUUGCCUGGUGGAAAGAUAGAUGAAGGUGUGAACCAGGAUGGGAUCAAUUAUUACAACUGUCUUAUCAACGAGCUCCUAGCAAAUGGGAUCGAGCCUUUCGUGACCCUUGUCCAUCUUGAUGUUCCACAAGCUUUACAAGAUGCAUACGGCGGAUUCCUCAGCUCUCAAAUCGUGGCGGACUUUUUGGGCUAUGCGGACCUCCUGUUUGAUCUAUAUGGAGACCGUGUCAAGUAUUGGAUCACCACCAACGAACCAUGGACCUUGAGUGCCUAUGGUUAUGCAUACGGUAUGUUUGCUCCAGGCCGGUGUUCGGACUGGCAGGGCCUCCAUUGCACUGGCGGUGAUUCUGCCACGGAACCCUACUUUGUGUCACACAACCAACUUCUUGCGCACUCGGCUGCUGUAAAUCUGUACAGAAAGAAGUAUCAGGCAUGGCAAGAAGGAAAGAUUGGAAUAACACUAUCGUCUUACUGGUUUGAGCCGUAUGAUGAGACCGAGGAGAAUCGUAAAGCUAAAGACCGAGCCUUGGAUUUUAUGUUAGGAUGGUUUAUGGAGCCUCUAACACGAGGUGACUAUCCAGAAAGCAUGAGGUCCCGAGUUAGAGGAGGUCGAUUGCCGGUGUUCACACCCAAGGAAAGGCAGAUGGUGAAAGGAUCGUUUGAUUUUAUCGGAUUAAACUACUACGGCGGCAUUUAUGCAUAUAACAAACCUAACUCUUCUAGCUUUAGCUACGCGACGGAUGCCGAGAUUGACAUAACUGCAUCAAGGAGAAAUGGAAAGCCGAUAGGGCGGCAAGGAAGGAAUGCAAGCCGGAUCUACAUUUAUCCAAAGGGGCUUCGACAGCUUCUCGUGCACAUGAAGAAAGAGUACGACAACCCGGUGAUAUACAUAACAGAGAAUGGGCUGGACGAGGCUGCGGAUGAUAGCAUGGAAGUAUCCGAAGCGAUAAAAGAUGAGAUGAGGAAAGACUACAUCCGUGAUCAUCUUUGUUGUCUGCUUGAAGCCAUUGAGAAUGUGAAGGGAUAUUUUGUGUGGUCUUUGAUGGAUAACUUCGAGUGGUCUGCUGGCUUCUCAGUCAGGUUUGGGCUCAACUAUGUCGAUUUCAAGGCUGAUUUGAGCAGAUAUCCUAAACACUCUGCCCUCUGGUUUCACAAUUUCCUAAACACAACCACAACCACAACCAAAGCACUCUCAGACCAGUAGUAGCUGUAGUUAAUACUUACAACGAGUGCGUUUCCACUUCUUAGAUAUUCUUCGAUCCAUACUUUGUUCUUGAUUUUGCUGUCUCCGUAAACCAUCAAGAAAUCAAUAAAGUUGAAACCAUUUUCCCAUUAA